AUGGAUCUUUCGGACGAUCAAAAUGAUAAAUCCGAUUCAACAGUUAACAGUAGAACACAUAGUAUUAUUGUAGAUCGUCCAAUUAUAACACAAAAAUCAUUUAAUCAAGUAUUUAUUCCAACAACAUAUGAAGAUCGAACACCGGUUAUUUUAUUUCAUCAACUGCGUACAUAUAUACGAAAUAAAUGUAUACCUUCAAAACAAUGUGUACAUGAUGUUGUUUGUGGAAUUACGAUUGCCAUCAUGCAAAUUCCACAAGGAAUGGGUUAUGCUUUAUUAGCUCGUUUACCGGCAAUUACUGGUUUGUAUGCAUCAUUUUUUGCGUCACUAAUUUAUGCUUUGUUGGGUACAUCGAGACAUUUAUCAAUGGGUGGUGUCGCAGUUACUAGCUUAAUGACAAGCAAUGUUGUCGAUCGUCUCAGUGUAAAACCGACAUUAUCAACAAUUAUUCCAAAUUUAUUCAAUCAGAGUACAAUAGAAAUAGCGUCAAAUGACGCUUUAAUUGAUCCAUCAUAUGCUAUUACUAUUGCAACUACUCUAGCAUUUAUGGUUGGAAUUACUCAAUUACUUUUAUGUAUUUUUCAUUUGGGUUUUGUUACUUCAUUUCUUUCUGAUUCAUUUAUUAGCGGUUAUACAACUGGUACUGCUAUACUAGUAUUUACUUCUCAACUACCAGAUAUUCUUGGUUUAUCACUUAAACGAUAUGUUGGACCAUUCAAUAUUAUUUAUUCAUAUAUUGAAAUAUUUACUAAUCUUAAAAAUAUUAAUUUGGUUACAUUAACUAUAUCUACAUUUUCAAUAACAACUCUUAUUAUUGUUAAAGAAUAUCUUGAUCCAUUUUAUAAGAAAAAAAUUAAAAAAUUCGAACUUUUUCGAAAUAUACAAAUACCUAUUCCCAUUGAAUUGAUUGUCAUCAUUGUCGGUACAUUAGUUUCAUAUGUAUUUGAUUUCAAUGGUCGUUAUAAAGUUAAAAUUGUUAAUACAAUUGGUCAUGGUUUUCGUACGCCACAAGGUCCAGCAUUAGUACUUGUGCCUAGUUUAAUUAAGGAUGCAAUUAUGAUUGCUAUUGUUGCAUUUUCUAUUAGCAUUUCAUUAGCAAAAACCUAUGCAAAAAAAUUUAAAUAUUUUGUUAAUCCUAAUCAAGAAUUAGCUGCUUAUGGAGCAUGUAAUAUAAUUGGCUCAUUUUUUGCAUCGUAUGCAACUGCUGCUUCAUUAUCUCGUACAAGUGUUUAUGUUAAUGCUGGUGGUCGAACACAAUUGGCUAAUCUAAUCUCAUGUGCUACCUUACUGAUCAUUAUUCUGAACAUCGGAUCAUUGUUUGAAUCAUUACCUAAAGCAUGCUUAGCAUCAAUAAUUAUUAUUGCAAUAAAAGGUUUAUUAUUACAAACAAAAGAUAUUUAUACAAUUGGUCGUGUAACAAAACUUGAAGCAGUUGUUUGGAUUGUGACUUGUUUAAAUACUGUUAUACUUGAUGUUGAUUAUGGUCUAUUUUCUGGUAUUAUUGUAUCACUUGUUGUUGUUAUUCUUCGACAAUUUCGACCUCGUACAACAAUUCUCGGUCAAUAUGAACGUAGUGAAGUGUAUAAAAAUGCAAAACGUUUUACAAAUGUUCAUGAAAUUCCUCACAUAAAAAUUUUUCGUUUUGAAUCUCCAAUUAUAUAUUUUAAUGCAGAGUAUUUUCGUGAAAGUCUUUUAGAUGCAGUUGGUAUUGAUUCAAAUACUGGUCAAAAACGAAAUAUUCAUUCUAAACAAUCACAUGGCCAUUAUUUUAAUCUUUAUAAAUUAACACAUAUUAUUAUUGAUUGUUCAUCAAUCAAUCAACUUGAUUAUAGUGGUGGAAAAAUCUUUCUACAAGCAAUAAAAGAACUUAAUGAUUGUAAAUACAAAGUUUAUUUAUGUCAUUUAAGAUAUUAUAAUUAUGAUGUUUUAGAAAAACUUGAGAUGGAUAAGAUAUGUUCAGUAAUUGUUAUGGCUACUGUUCAUGAUGCUGUUCAUAAUAUUCAAGAUGAAUUAAUGGAAAAUAGUGAUCAAUUAUCAUUAGCCAAUGAACAACAAAUUCGUAAUAAUAUUUCGUCAAUUAUGAUGAAUGAAAUAUUAGCAAAAACAAAUCUUGAUUUUGCAAAAGAUCAUCGUCCUAAUCAACGUAGAAAACUUGAAAUAGAAGUUGUUUAUACAUCAUUACCUGCAUCUGCUCGUGACAUUCAUUAUUGUGAUGACAUUAGUAAUAUUUCAACAAGUCAUGUACAAGAAAUGCGACAUCAAGACGAAGUUGAGAUUUGUCGAAAUCUUCCCUUAUAUGGUAGUUGUGAAACUCAACUAUAUACUUGGUUAUAA